AUGACAAGUUUCGAUGCAGCUGUUAUCCAGAAGCGGGCAACUUCGCUCGCUUUUUAUCAACGCCAACUAUUCACCAUGCCGCCCCUGGCUUCUUCCGAUGAAGUAGAUCUUGCAGGGAAAACAGCUAUUAUCACCGGGUCAAACACCGGCCUUGGAUUUGAAUGUGCACAGCAGCUUCUGGAUCUUGGUCUAAACAAGCUCAUUCUUGCUGUUCGCAACGAAACAAAGGGCGAAGAAGCAAGGGGAAAGCUACUUUCCGGAAGAAAUGCUGAUAACCACUCCAUCGAGGUCUGGAAGCUGGAUCUACUAUGCUACAGUUCCAUUGUUUCUUUCGUGGAGCGAACCAAAAGCCUUGAGCGGUUAGAUUUCUUUGUCAACAAUGCAGCCUUUACGAGGCCGUCGUUCGCGAUAAACGAGAAGACCGGGCACGAGGAGAUCAUUCAGGUCAAUUAUUUCUCACUCGCGCUACUCACUAUCCUCAUACUACCAGUAUUGAGGGACAAAAAUUCGGCUCAGCAGCCCGCACGUUUAGUAAAUGUGUCCUCGGACACCGCUUCCUGGGCGCGGUUUAGGGAGAGAGUUUCAGUUCCUUUAUUAUCGGCUUUUGACAGAGAGGAAAAUUUUCACCCACAAGAUCGUUACGCAACAUCCAAGCUACUUGCUCAGCUUUUUCUAGCGCAGCUUGCUAAACGGCUGCCUCCGUCCAUCGCCAUCAUAAAUACCCCUAACCCAGGUCUUUGUCAAACGAGUUUAACUAGGAACUUCAAGGGUAGCUUGCAAGGGAUUCUGUUCGGCAUAUUUAGACUUGUCUUUGCCCGUACCGCUGCUAUUGGUGCUCGCUCAAUUACCGAUGCAGUUGUUAAUCAUGGUUUAGAGUCUCAUGGACAAUACCUAGAAGACGGGGCGGUACAGCCCAUGGCGCCGUUCGUAUACACAGAUAAGGGCAAAGAGGUGGCUGAGCUACUCUGGGAAGAAACCAUGACUGAGUUUUCUUUUGCAAAUGUAUCUGAGGUUCUUGAAAAUUUAAGCAACUAG